AUGGGGGACUCAGUUUCGAAGCAGCCGGGUUUUGAGGCGUCCUUCGAGUCCAAGCAGCCGUUUCCCCCUCUGCUUGAUGACCUCAACUCGCCCGAGGAGGCACAGGAGAGCUUUGCGGAGGACGAGGUUACCUCCCCCGGCUACGAUGAGAUCGAGGUCGAGGAUGACGCGGACUUCCAGUCACACUACUCGCUAGACCCCCAAUCGCUCUCCGCUUCCGAGUCCGACGACUCGGCCGACGAUAUCGAGAGGCAUCAUCCCUUUCGGCAGUCAUCCAGCUCUCUUCACGGCCCAAAUGCAUUUGCGCCUCCCUUUUACAAUCGCCCGCCAACACCGUUGCCGCCGUCCCCCUCAUUGACAUCACUACUCCGACCCCCGUUUUCGACAACUACCUCCCGUCCGACCACUCCAGAUAGCUCUGAUGUGGAAACCCCCAAUGACACCGAGGCCGCCGUGGCCAAGUCAGCCCGUCGCGCAACAACCGUCCCGCGCGCCAGCCCCAAGGUCCCGACCUACGAGUAUUACGGCUUUGUGCUCUACCUAGCGUCGUCGCUUGCAUUUUUGAUUUACCUCCUCUGGUCAUACCUCCCAUCCCCAUUCCUACAUCAGCUCGGAAUCUACUACUACCCUAACCGCUGGUGGUCCCUGGCUAUCCCAGCAUGGCUCGUCAUGUGCAUCGUCUACAUCUACGUCGCACUCGCUUCCUACAACACUGGCUACAUGACUCUGCCUAUGAACAGCAUAGAGAAUGUUGUGGAUGAAGUUGCGAAUGUAGCAGUCAUCGAUGGGAAGGCUCGGAGACGACCAGGCGGAGCCACCAAGAUGAAGCCCGGCGCGACCUCAUACCAAAUCAUGGGCCCGCAGAACCGCAAAGUUAACUGGUGGGAAAUUUGGAGCGAGGGAACCGAUGCCGUUAUGGAUAUCCCGGUCGGCGGUGUGUGCGAGGUCCUGUACGGUCAAUAA